GCGCCCGAUUUCUGCCCUCCUGCCCCUGUUUCUGCCCUCCUGCCCCAGUUUCUGCCCUCCUGCCCCAGUUCCAGCGAUGGCAACUGCAGAACCGAGGGACGAGCUGAGCUGCUCCAUCUGCCGGGGCAAAUGUGCCGACCCAGUAACCCUGCCCUGUGGGCACAACUUCUGCCAGGGCUGCAUUGGGGCAGCAUGGGACUCCCAGGGGGGCUCUGGGGCUUAUUCCUGCCCUGAAUGCAGAGCUGAGUAUCCGGAGCGCCCCGCCCUGCCCAGGAACAGAACUCUGGGUAACAUAGCAGCACGACUCCUCACUAUUGCCCCCGAGCCGGGGGAGAGCGGGACCCUCUGCACUUACUGUGUCCAUUCCCCUGUACCUGCCGCUAAAUCCUGUCUGCACUGUGAGGCCUCUCUGUGUGAUACCCACCUGCUGGGGCACAGCCAGUCAGAGAAGCACAUCCUAACUGCCCCCACCCGCUCUUUUGGGGAGAGGAAAUGCCCCCAACAUGAUGAACUCCUGACUUACUACUGCCCCCAGGACUCGGCCUGUGUCUGUGCCCACUGCUGUCAGAUUGGGGGGCACCGGGGCCACAGGGUGGAGCUGCUGAGUGAGGCCUCUGAGAAGAAGAAGGAGACACUGAGGAAAGUUCUGGAGAAACUGAGCCCAGAGAGAGAGGAGACCGAGGGGCAAAUCCAGAGGCUGCAGGAGCGCAGGAGGGAAGGGGCAGAAGUGGCAGCCGGUGAGACAGAGAGAGUCAUUGCCCUGUUUAGGGGCAUCAGGGAAGAGCUGGAAGCCCUAGAGAAGCGACUCCUGAGUGACAUCUCCAGGCAGAAAGAGAAGCUCUCACUCCCACUCACUGAGCUGAUCCAACAGCUGGAAAUAAAGAGGGACGAGCUGUCCAGAAAGAUCCGGCACAUUGAGGGGCUGUGCAACAUGGCAGCUCCACUCACUGUCCUACAGGAACGGGAAUCCCUUGCCUUCUGUGGGGCUGAGGGGGCAGAUAAUGGGGGCAGAGAGGGUAUAAAGGCCCCGGCUGUGCCAGAUCUGGAUGUGGGUGGGAUCUCGGAGACAUUACUCACAGGAUUGGCUGGGAUAGUGAGUGGGGUAAGAAGGGGGCUCUUGGGGCAGGGGGCUACAGACCUGUUCCUGGAUACGAGUGUCGCUGGGAACUAUUUAUUUGUGUCAGGUGACGGGAAAGCCGCAUCCUAUUCGCUAUCUGGAAAGUGCCACCCACAAUCCCCCGAGAGGUUCCUGGUCCCCCAAACCUUGAGCCGCGGUUCCUUCUCGUCGGGGCGCCACCACUGGGAGGUUGAGGGUAGUGAGUUUGGGAUUUGGAUGGUGGGCGUGGCCUAUCCCAAUAUCAAGAGGGGCGGGAAACACUCGUGCAUUGGGGACAAUGACAAGUCCUGGGGCCUAUACAGGUGCUACGACACCUACGCAGUGAUGCAUGAUGGGAAAGGGACCACAUUAACCCAAAGCUCGUUAAGGGGGAGAAUCAGGGUCCUUCUUGAUUAUGAGGCCGGACGCCUGUCCUUCUAUGAGCUGAGUGAGCCAAUCAGGCACUUACACACCUUCUCCGCCUCCUUCACCGAGCCCCUCCAUGCUGCAUUCUGGGUAGGGUGGGACGAUGCCUGGGUGAGAGUCAUUGCUUAGUGCCCCCCCCCAGGGCAUCAUGGGACGGAGCAUUCAUAUAGGAGAUGUUUAGUCAGGGGGCAACUGGGCUACAUGGGGGGGGAUAGCAAUGUGUUGCUGGGGGGUUCCCCCUGUGCUGUUACCUGGGAGACAGAGUGGGACACCCCCAUACAGAAAAGACUGCUAAAGUGACCCCAAGGGGCAAAUGAACUGACCCGUGUGUAACUCUGUGAUUUUGUCUUUGGAGAUGAUGGAAAA